AGUGCUUGGAAAAACACUUGGCUCUUAGUCCAGGUUUUGAGAUUCCUUGAGAAUAUUUUGGGAUUUGGAACUCCAUUUCCCUGCUGGUGAAAUUAGUGGGGUUUUUAUUAACAAUGUUCAAAAUGAAACCAGCAAUUCCACCUGUCCAUUUCAAUGAAGACAACCUGUUUAAAGCUUUUUCCAGCUUUUCUUGUUGCCUUUCUUAGCUGGAUAGUAUACUUAUUAUAGUCAACCAAGACCACUGUUUGGAUUUUCGGGAAGCUAAUGCUAUAGACUAGAGUCUUAGUCUUACACUAACCUUCCUUUUUCAAUCACUUUCACAAUUACUUCUCUUACUACUUCCACAUCUCCUUGGUAAAUAUGUAGCUUACUCUAGAUGCAUGCAAAGCGUGUGUUCCAUUCUUUCUCUAUUUUGACCGCUCUAUAAAUCAGUGUGCUGUGUGACUGUCUAAUCUAUUCUCAUUAUGGCAGUUCAUUACAUUUCUUGGGGUGGAUCAGGGACGUUUUAGAGGCGAGUUUGAUGCCUUUGCUUUUUUAAAAAAAAAACAAGAAGAAACUGAAACUGAGAACUCAUUAGGAGUUCAUAGGGGGAUGCAUGUUUACAAUGCGAUUGCUAUGGGGGCUAAGGCUGCCCCUACUCAUACUGAUUCAACUUCUAUACUCCAACAAAUCAACCUACAAAUUAUACGCUGAGGCUUUGUUCACUUUCAAGGGUUCUCUUGGAGGUCCACAGCAAUUAGGAUGCAGCAUUGUGAAAUAUCCAUGUCAAAUGCAAUGGCCUUGUCUUGACUGCUAUAAACUAAAAGAUCCAGGUGGAAUAACAGCAAAGAUAGAUGGGAAUAACGACGUUCCAACACUUACACCUCUUCAAGAAACUCAAGUUAGAAAACCAGGAGGAACAAGGGCUGCUGCCAUAGUCGGUAUUGUUGUUGCUGCCUUAGUCGUCAUUGUCAUUUUGGUGACUGUCUAUAUCUGCUUGAUGCGUGUUAAAAGAUUUAUGAGGCAAACAUCUGAGGUUGCUUCUUCUAUGCCAUCUCCCACUGUUGAGAUAGGAAGAGUCAACAACGCACAUGUUAAUGCUUUCUCUCCACAUUAUACGCAUAACACAAGACAGUUAACAAUUCUGGAACUAGAACAAGCAACACGAAAUUUCAGUCAUAGUAAUAUUAUUGGUGAAGGUGGAUUUGGUUUUGUAUACAAGGGCUUACUUCAAGAUGGAUCCAUAGUGGCUAUAAAAAGGCGUCUAUUUGUUCUGACACAGGAUUUUGUCCUUAAGGUGAAACAGAUAGCUCAUAUUCACCACAAUCAUCUUGUGAAGCUCAUAGGCUAUUACGAAGAUAGCUAUCAACAAUUACUUGUAUAUGAAUAUCUCCCUAACGGCAAUGUAGGGAGUCACCUAUAUGACAGUGAAGGUUUACCUAUUGGAAGGUUGGAUUUGUGGCGAAGGAUAUCUAUUGCUUCAGGCGCGUCCAAAGGUGUGGAACAUCUUCAUAGUUUGGUCCCUCCUUUGAUUCACACAAAUUUUAGAACUAGCAAUGUUCUGUUAGAUGAAAAUUACACGGCCAAGGUUUCUGAUUAUGGAUUCUGCAAUUCGAAAACACAAGUUGAUAAUGUUGGCUCAUCUUCAAAUGUAGACUGUUUUCUAGACCCAGAGCUGAGCUUUCCACAAAACUAUACGGAGAAGAGUGAUGUAUACAGUUUCGGGGUCUUCUUACUAGAGUUGAUUUGUGGUUGUGAAGCACAAAACAAAAGCAUGUCAAACCCAGAUGAAAAUAUAGUGUUUCAGGCAAAAAAUAGCGUUGACUUGGACAAGUUUGUUGACAUAACGCUGGGGGAGCAAGAAAAGCAUGGUGCUAGAAGAGUGAUGAAAUUGGCAUUGCUCUGUGUGGAUGUGACUAGUAGAAGGCCAUCAAUGGCUCAAAUUGUGCAUGAGCUGGAGCAGAUUCAAAGAGAAAUUGCUCCAAUGUAUUCUCAAUUCAACGAGGAGAUUGGUGCCGUGACUCUAGGGAGUGAGCUCUUUCAGUAAGCCUUGCGAAUUGCGAUGCCACUUUAGAAACCUUUAUUUUUCCCCCUGUUUGUUGCGUAACUAUUAUUAUUGUUAUGGUUAUUGACUUUUGUAGGUAUGUUGGUCCUGGAAGGAUAUUAUUCAUUUGUAAUUAUUUCAAAGUAAAUAAAAUGUUGAAAAUAAGUAGAAUUA